GUCAAGGGCGAGCGUCCGUGAGUGUGUCGCGCUUCGAGUGUCAAAUGCGACGUAGGAGCGACUGUGGGACUUUGGCACGGGCGUCUUCAAGCGUUCUUUUUAAAGCGACGCGCAUAUGGCGGAGGCGGGGCCGCCUCCGUGAUAAAUGAGUGUGCCCUGUUGAGAGGAUCUUGUAUUGAAAGGCGAUGUC